CAGCUAUCCACAAAAUGCCACGUUGACGGAGGAGUGUUCGUAAUACGGCUUCUCUCUCAACGCCCUCUCUUGACGAUCCGUUAUCCUGUAUAUUUACUGCCUAAACGCUGCGUAUACUGGACAGCGUUCUGCUGGUACCUGUAUUUCAUUUACCUGAGCCAGGGUGCAGUCACCUUACAUGCAGCCGACAGCUAACCUCACACACACGAUCUGUAGAUUACGACCAACGCCGCGUGCAAUGCAAUCAUGAAACUAUUUAAUAUCUGCUUGUACCAUGUACUGGAAACCAUACUGCAGCACCGCACAGCCCUGCUCCUGACAAUAAAACAUCCAUGUAGAUAUCCGCACGCAUUCUGCUGUAGAGUGUUUGUGCGUGGUACUCGUCAGGAUGAAAAGUACUACACUACACUCCGUCACUGCUUUCGUGGGUCGCGGUGCCCACUUGACCGCCCUCUCAGUGUUCUCCUAUGACAAUAUCCACUUCCUUUAGCCGGAGCCUCUACCUCACUUUACAACUUUUUCCGUUCUACGCAAGUUCCUGCCAUGGAUGCCAACGACAAACAGUCUUCUUCCACCCCCAUGGUCAAGCCUGGGCUCUCCAUUGCGUCCGCGACCGGCACUGGAGCCAAGUUCGAUCAGAAAGUGAUGCUAAAUUCCAACCAAAAAGGUGGCGACGAGUUAUCGAAGGAGACAUCGUCGCAGAGAGAGGCAUUGGCGAAGCAGUUUGUUGCUUCACAAGCUACGAUGGUUAUGGCGAAGCCGGCGAUUUUCCGUCGUUGAUUCUUAGUCGCUGACAGCUAAGCACAAUCCUUAGUACGAGAUACUAGCCGAUAAUGUGUCGCUGUGACACAAAAAAAUGAAUAUAGUGAGGCUAUAUCUGAGCAAUUACCGCUCUCGUAACUGAACUUCUUUGGUGAUAUCGUUCAUGUUUUCACUAAAUAGUUUUCCAGCCGGUAAAUACCAAAAGAUAUCUUCCAACGACACACCGAUUAUAAAUAUACACAUCGGUUCCCGAG